GUGGCCAAAAGGAACGGUGAUUGCAACAGGGGCACGGUUCAGUCAUGAGUCAGGAGACGAAAAUCAGGUUUUCCCCACCCUAUUUUUUAAAGCCAUCUAACAACAGCAAGAAAGGCAUGGCACAGUUCGUUCUGCCCUCACAAUUCUAAGACGGAAAUAGUGCGUCUACCUUCCCAGAAAACAGUGUAGAGUGCCAAAUACUAUAGCUUCAGCUGAGAAACAGGAAUCUAACUUAUAGUAACAGCAAUCAAAAUGAGUGUUGAGUGAAUUCGAACCCCAAAAUGAGAUUAUUCGUGUGUGCUGAAUUUAGUGAAGAUCCAUUACAAGUAACGAUGCAUCCAAAGGAUAAUUGCGAAUCAGAAUCACGUCGUCCAAGAGUGCUUCCUGCAGAAAGAUAAGUUUGAGAUAAAAAUGAUUGUUCAACUGAAGGCAGAUAUAGUGAUUGUGAUGUUGCACUCAUCGUUUGUAUGGAGAGUGUCCUAUGCGUGCAAAAAUUAUUGAUGACUCUCGUUUUUACAGAACGAGGAUCACGAAAUAAUGCCAUUAAAAGAAUUAUCGCAAGGGAUGAAGGGAACAUUCAUAAAAGUGAGAACAUUGAUAUGAUUUGCCAACAUAUACGCGCUCGUGGUGUAGUUAAAAAUCCAGUGUUUGUGUUGCGCGUGGAAAAUCGAUACAUCCCCUGAGUCGCUGUCACAGGGAAGUACAGAGUGAAGUUGGAUGCGAUUGCUCGUGGCACAAAUUUCAUCGAUUGUGAGGGGUAGUUGGCGUCAAAAUAGAGAGGAAAAUUCUCCCAGCUUUUCCAACACACACACACACACACAUGAGGCACGUUUUCCGCUACGCGUGUUUCCAGCAAGGUGAGAUGUGAUGUGGGCUGGUUGUUUUGUAUACACGUCGCAAAAAUACACCCAAGCACAUGCACAGAUGAUGUGAGGGCAGUGAAGGCAUUCACUUUUGCCAGUACACGACAGGAAUCGCUUUUGUGUUGUGUUGUGGAAGCAAACGACGCGGACAAAGGAUAAAUUAUGAAGAUAAAUAAACGCAACACUGAGUGUGGAGUGGAAACAAUCUGAAGUUGGUCGUCGUUUUUCUUGUAUUUGGAUGAAGAUAACGAUUCUAGAGUAACAGUGAGGUGUUUUUUCGCACAAAGAAAAGCGUCGUUUCUAUUGAAAACAGCAAAGAAUUAAGUUAUGUUAGUGAAGGUGAAUGAAGGUUCUUUCGACCGCAAAGCAUUUGGAGAGUCUCUUAUCUGAAACAAACAGGAUCUCAGGAUAAACAGUAAAAAUGCAUUUUCGCCACGAAGAAGGGAGGCAUUUGCUGCGGAACGCCAGUUUAUACACUGCCGUAGAUUCCAAAUACGACAAUUCUAUUGUGUGGCCCUUCCUGAUACAGAAUGCAAUGGAAAAUCCGUUAUGUACAACAACCACUCCUGCCAAUUCCACGGUAUCUGUAUUGCUGUGGACUACAAUCGCGGUCUUUGGAAUCGUCUACACCCUGCUAGGAUAUCGCUGUUUGCGAGCUAUAGGUUUCCUCACAGGGCUUGCUGCUGGCGCAGGAUGCAUCAUAUUACUGCAAAGUAAAAACAUCACGGUGUUUGGAAAUCUAGCGGCUCCAGCUUUAGCUGUGGUUGCUGGACUAUUUGGUGCUAUACUCGGCUCAACCCAUCCAAUCUCGUCCACGCUGAUCGGGGCUUCGGCCGGUGCACUCGUAGCUGGUGCCACCAUUGCAGCAUGUAUUGCCACAUUACCUCAUUACAUCUUUGGAGAAAAUGAGCUCUUUGUAUCGGUCGUGGGUGGCGCAAUCAUUUGUGCAAUUAUCACAUUAUUCUGUCCGAAACUGAUGUCAAUCGUCGCUUCCAGCAUUAUUGGGUCCGCCAUGAUCCUGUGCUCCAUCGAUUUUUUCAUGCAUGGUCUAAACACGUUAGAUUGGGUUUUCAAUAUCGUCCCAGAUCCAACCCCUCCACCCUGUUGGGGUGGCAUAAUUCUCUGCUGUUGGCCCAUCACUUCGGUGCUGGGUGUGUUGGUGCAAAGCUUCGUCACUGCCUGGAAAAUCGACCACCGAAGACAGAUGAUGCACCGAAGGCGACGUCACUAUAAAAGCCGACCAGGCUCAAGAUCACGGGAGACUCGUGAGGAGGCUCGCCAGCGAAAAUAUCGCUAUCUGUAUCAAGUCAGAACCGCACGAGGGGACAUCAUUUCCCAAAACUUUGUAUCCGCCCUGCAGAAACACGUUACCACCGAUUCCGGUCCCCCGUCGGAGGUUUCCACGAAGACGGGAUCGAACGACCGCAACACCGCCCGCAGUGACCGGACACACAUGACAAACCUACCAGAUUCCGAUUUUGAGAAGCGGGACUCAAGUUACGAGAAACGUUGACAUUUGGCCAAAUAGCAGCAGCACUUCUUCCACCACAACAAUAAUCAUAACUAUCCGCAGAAACAGGAGCGCACUUGUUACUAAUGUCAGCUAAAACGAAAUUGAACGGUAAUGCAAUGAAUUAAGAAUCGCAAGUUACAAAUGCAAAGAAACAAAGCAAAAGCUAUAUUACUGGUGAUGUUCUAGGCUUGUAGGUACUUUGAGGGGGUAAUAGUCAGGAUGAUUAUAACAGCGAUUUUUAUAUAAGAGAGAGAGGAUCCAGUAACGUUCUAGGGACGGAGCAUAAGUACACAGGAAGACGGAGACACGGCUAAAUAUGCACAUCUCAAUAAAUAAUGUGACGAUUUUAAACAAAAAAAUGUAAUGUAAUUAUAUAAAUAAUGACUAUUGACCUAAUAAUUGAAUCAAAUUCACUAGUACACAAAUAUAAGAUUUAAAACUACACUGAUUUCAGUAAGUCUGAGGUACAGUUUAAAAAUUACUUUAAAUUUUCAUAUGUCAACAUAAAAAAGGUAGUGAUUAUUGUUGAAAGUCAUAGAGGCCGAGACGAAUGUGAUUCAAAUUUUUAUCAGAAUACAAACCAACUGCAAAAAGAGGCAUUUAGGAAAAGUCAAACUUUUGUAGUUUAGAGUGUUAUUUUUGUUAAACAAAACAGAAACAGAAAGGUUGUUUGAUUUUGACAAUUCUCGAGAAAAAAUAACAUAAAAUAGACCAAAUUAGACCUUACUGAUGUUGUUUUUCUAUACGAGCGAAUGCACAAAAACAAAGCAAAAAGAUUACAUAUAAAGCCAGUGUUGAGAUACAAAUAGAUUUUUUGUUCAUUGUUUCGGUACAAUUAGAUUGAAGGCGCCGCAAGACAAAUACGAAAACAAUAAUCAGAAUGAUAUCGAGGGGAAACGAUUAAGCAGAAGUGUACUCAGAGCCGCAGCAGGGGUUCAACUCCCACAAACGAGAAGGUAUAAUUAUAACAAAAUGGAUGUUCUAGGCUAAUGGAAAAAAAAGCUCAACAUAGCUCAAAAUAUAUAA